AUGUGUCUAAGCUACACUGUCAUUUGUUCGAGGCCUGUCUUGACCCAUGUUACCUGUGACCCUUUUUGUGACUGUACAUGUGAAAUGAAUGGAAGUGUACAAUUUUACAUGUACAAGAUGCAACAUGUAAACCUCAGUGUUUAAGGAGUACUAUGCUCUAAACACUAACAAAUCAACCAAUCAGCCAGUCAAGUGUGUGAGGUAGUGAGACUGGAAUACCUGACCACUGAGGACUUCCUGACUGAGUCAAAUUUUAAUAUUGUGAAUACAGAGUGGUGUGAUUCCCCCCAAAAGUUUACCUGGUGCCGUGUAGGGUUUUAAUCGUGUCACACCUGAAUCUACCUUAUUAUACGAGGUAACUUUGAUGUCCCAUGUCAAGACAUAUCAAGAGUUGGCACCUUGUAAAGUGUCGCAACACUGUGAUAGUCCAUCAGAUGGUGUGGUGUUUGUGUCAUUUUACACAAAGUCCAUUCUGAGACAUUUAGGCAGAAUGCAGACUUGUACACUGUGAUUUGGUUUUCAAAAGAACAUUGACUUCCUGAUUAUGUUUGAUAUUGGAUUGGUCCUUUGAUCUUACCACUACCUGUUUCUUGCCAUCAUAGAUUACUUAGAUCAGGGAAUCAGCAUAGAUAUGCAUGCAGUUGGAGCGUAGAGCGUUUUCAGCUCUGUGAUUGGUCACUCUAUUACCAUGACGAUGGAGACUCCGUCAGAACACGCAGAGGAACCCAUGGAGACCCUCGGAAGUCUGGCUGGAGACGCCCCUCUUGAACAAGGGGAACAACUCUCUGACAUGUCCGACGAGGACAGUGACACACAGACUAUGUCCAUGAGACUAGUCUCCAGUGGCAGUUACAAUGUUCGGGCCUCGGAGAUGGCCCAUGACCGGCCAGGCCAACAGAAAACAGUCACAUGCAUCGUUCAUUUUCUCGAUGAUACACAGGAAAUAUUUGAAAUUGAUAAGAGGUACAAAGCUCAAGCUCUCCUGGAUAAAGUGUUUGAACAUCUAGAGCUGGUGGAGAAGGACUACUUUGGCCUCCAGUUCUCGGAUGCUGAUCUUCCCGCUCCGGAUACAAUGCGCUGGCUGGAUCCUCUGAAGACGUUAAAAAAACAGAUGAGGGGACCUCCUUUCGAGUUAUAUUUUCGUGUGAAAUUUUAUGUGUCGGAUCCAAGUAAAUUAACCGAAGAAUACACAAGGUACCACUUUUUCCUGCAGGUGAAGAAGGACAUCCUGGAGGGUAGGCUGGUUUGUCCGCCCGGCACGGCUGCGCUUCUCGCCAGCUACUCUGUGCAGUCGGAGUUGGGGGACUUUAAUGUUGAAGAGCACACAGAUGGUUACUUAUCAGAGUUUCGGUUCAUCACCUGUCAGACUGAAGACUUUGAGAGACAGGUGUCUGAUUACCACCGGCAGCACAGGGGUCAAACACCUGCAGAUGCGGAGUACAACUUUCUGGAGAAAGCUAAGCGGUUAGAAAUGUACGGAGUAGAUUUACACAAUGCCAGGGACCAUAGUAAUUUAGAGAUUCAGUUGGGGGUGACGUCAGCUGGAUUGGUAGUUUUCCAGAAUAACGUUAAAAUUAACACAUUUUCCUGGGCAAAAAUUGUGAAGAUUUCUUUUAAAAGAAAACAGUUUUUUAUUCAACUUAGAAGAGAAGUGAACGACACUGUGGAAAACUUGAUAGGCUUUAACAUGGUGAGCUACAGGUCAUGUAAAAACCUGUGGAAGUCUUGUGUAGAACAUCAUACCUUUUUCCGUCUUCAUGCACCAAAUCCUCCUUCCAAAAAGAUAUUCUCCAUCGGCUCAAAGUUUCGCUACAGUGGGAGAACGGAAUUCCAAACAUUAGAAGAAAGUAAAAAAAGAGCAAGGAUAGAAAGAUCAUUUUCUCGGUCACCCAGUAAAAGGUAUGCACGGCGGACAGUGGGCGGCAUCACCCGCGAGGUCAUCAUGGAAGAGAAGAAUAUCAUCGAUGGCUACCGAAACGUUCCCUCGGCUAACAAUUACAUCCCGAAAUCGCAGAGCCAGAACACGAUCCUGGCAGUGAACAGCCUGAAUCGUUACGACAACAAUAUCAACAGUCACAUCCGAUCCACCUUGCCCACGGACUACAAAGCCCAAUCUGAGCACUGGUCAGCUGGAUCCAACAAGAACGACAAGUCAGAUGAUGACGGGGGAUUUUUGUCACGCCCAACCUCCAAAGAUUUUGGCGCUCCAACUGCUGCUCCUAAAAUGACUUACCUGGACGAUCGUACUUGUGGCACUAACGGACCUGAUCCUAUCUACGAGUUACCUGCCUACAAUGAGAGCUACCUGCCAAACGGUAAUGGAUACUCUGACAGCCAAGGUUUGGUCACAAUCCGCAUGAAGCCAGAUUUUCAAGGUCGUUUUGGAUUCAAUGUCAAGGGAGGGGCAGACCAAGGGAUGCCAAUCAUUGUGUCUCGAGUCGCCCCAAACACCCCGGCAGAUCUCUGUAUACCAAGGCUGAAUGAGGGAGACCAGGUGCUCUUUAUCAAUGGUCGGGACGUCUCUCAGCACACACAUGAGCAGGUGGUCAUGUUUAUUCGAGCCUCCCGAGAAACGCACUCUGGCGAACUGGUGUUGGUGGUCAGACCAAAUGUGUACCUAGGAGAGGACACAGUUGAGGAACCUGAGUUCAUGUACAUCCCGGAGACGCAUCAAAUCACAAGCUCAGCGGGUGGAAACGUGCUCGAGGCGUCACUCAUACUGCUGCAGGAGGGCCUGGAGAGCGGUGCAGCGCUGGCACAGUUUGAGCAAUUGUACAGGAAGAAGAUGGGCAUGACAAUGAACGCAGCACGGCUUGGAGAGAACGUCCCCAAGAACAGAUACCGCGAUAUUUCCCCAUAUGACCAGUCCAGGGUGGUAUUAAAGGAUGGCCCAUUAGGAGAUUACAUUAAUGCCAACUUUGUCAACAUGGAGAUCCCGGGUUCAGGUAUUAUCAAUAGGUACAUCGCAGCUCAAGGCCCACUUCCCAACACCUGCAUGGACUUCUGGCAGAUGGUGUGGGAACAGCAAGCGUCUCUGGUAGUCAUGCUAACAGCCAAAGUGGAGAGGGGACGGCCAAAGUGUCACCAGUAUUGGCCAGACCUUUACGAAACGGCAGAUUUUGGGACUCUGCAGAUCACCUGUGUGAAGGAAGAAGAAACACCAUCAUUUGCUUUCAGGGAUUUCAACCUGACUCAUGUUGAAACAAAUGAAGAGCGUCACAUCAUUCAUAUGCAGUACAUCGCUUGGCCCGACCACGGAGUCCCCGAUGAUUCCAGUGACUUCCUCGACUUUGUUUUAAAAGUUCGUCAGAAUCGCGUGGGUAUGGUUGACCCCACGGUUGUACAUUGUAGUGCUGGGAUUGGUCGAACAGGAGUGCUGAUCACCAUGGAGACAGCCAUGUGUCUGAUAGAAGCCAAUCAGCCGGUCUAUCCUCUGUCCAUUGUUCGUCAGAUGAGGGACCAGAGAGCCAUGUUAAUACAGACAUCUAGUCAGUACAAGUUUGUUUGUGAAGCAAUUUUAAGAGUAUUUAAUGAAGGCUUAGUGAAGCCGUUAGAAGAUUACAAAAGGUGAAGAUUUACAACAAGGCCACGUGGAGCCUUGUUGUCGUGAAAAUGCUUAUAGCAAUACAUCAGAGGAUGAUGGUCCCAUGUCCCAGGGGGAAGUGUGGAUCAAAGGGUGGAUAACUCAUGACGACUUACCACCGCCAUGUUGCUUUCCAUCCACAGAGUCUGUUAAACUGUGUGUGCUUGUGAUAGGAUAGUGUUCAAGUGAAGCGAAGGACUUCUGUACUGUAACACUGGAGUGGUAUGGAGAAAGGAAGCAAACUUUGUGCGCCAUCGUCACCUUUUGGACUUUUUCAUCUUCCAGGCCUGCCGCAUCAGUCGUCUUUUUGUUUUCUUUUUUGUGCUUGGAAGCAUUGAAGUGUGUUGCCAUUGUCAUGGUAACUGUGCAUCUUCUUUUCAAACCUCUCAACAUUGUUCCCAUUGAAAAGUGAAAUCUGAUUUCAAAAAUGUAAAUUUGCAGAGAUGAAGGUGUGAGAAGUGUUUCUGCAAUAAGUCAGAGGAUGUCCACGUAUUGUUCCAGAACGAGUGGCUGCUAUCAAACAUGUGCAUCUGUUGUGAUGACCAGUUACCUCCCUUGGGUCUCCCCUCCUCAAGCGGUAUUCUGGUGUUGGAUAUGGUACACUGGAUCUUGUGGACUUACCGCUGUGAUGUUUUAAAAUAGAUUUGCUGAAGCAAAAAUUAAAGCCUUGGUUCAGGGAACUGGGCCUUUUAAUUUUAGAUAGACUCCAAUGAAAAUGCAGGAGUAGGAUAAAAAUUGUUGUGCAACGAAUUUUGACAAAUAGUGUUCAUUAAGGCAGAUAGUGUAUUUGAUGGCAAGAUGGACAGAAUUAGAAGUAACGACCUUGAAACUUCAUGGCAUCCCAUGAUAGAGGUCAUCAAACAUGGAUACAAAUUGCGGAGGGAGGUAUCUCUGUGUUUAUCAGAUCUUAGAGAAGGCCUAAGUAUUGGUAAAGCCAGGCAAUGCAUAUUCAUGAUCUCAUACGGGUGUGGCAUGUUAACCUAUGGCAACAGAGGCCACGCCCACGUAUGAUGAAGUAGGGUGGUUGUAACAGCACAAGACGUACCAAUUCAGGAUGAAAUGUGGGUGAAGUGGCACAGACCUCAUUCGAUCACGGCAUACACCCCAGUGGGGCCAUAGUUACCCAUGGUCAUGCUGCUCGGACACUGCCUGCAAGAGGGGUCAACACAUUCAUGUUGAGAUUUCGCAGGGAUUUGCAGUACUGUCUCCAUGUGGAAGUCCUUGUUAAGAAGAAAAAACAACAGCAACAAAAGUGCUGUGUGAACUGGAGCUACUACAUUGGCAACUCUAACACAGUGAGCUUCAGACAUCAAGAUAAGAAUAAAAGGUUGAGUUUUCAUAUUCUGAAGUUUUAGAGCAGAUGAGCAACAACGCAUAUAGUGCCGUCAAUCCCUGGAAAGCUCAAAUAAUUCUUUGGGGGUCAUGAUUUUAUCUGUUGUCCCUAACAACGACAAGCCCCACCCACUUCAUGAAUAUGGAGUUACUGAUGUGGCAACCUGCUGGAUUAUGUGUCUAGAUGUGAGAGGGUAUAUACAGUGAUUUAGAGUUGUAGUGAUAUUUGAUGAAGGUCUAUCAGAGGUUUGAUGUCAUUACAUUGUUUUUGAUUUUCUUUUAAUAUACCCUUGAGAGAGACCAUGUUAUGGACUAACCGUUGCAAGAAAAUUUGUACGGCUUUUAAAUUGCAGUUUGAAACAUUUUUAGAUGUUUCAAUCUGUGUCCGUGUUUGGGUUUUUAAAAAUCUGUUCAUUUCAAUCUUGUGUAAUUCAAAACUUGUAAUAUUUCUUUUUUGUUGAUCAGUGUUGCAUACUUUUUACUUUAAGAAAGAGAUAAAUAUUGAGUUUUUCAACACUAAACUUUUAAAAGCCCAUCUCUCCCUGGUUUGAAAGAGUCACACCGUAAAUUUGAUUUGAGAACAAUCUGACAUCUUCCAACAUCUAUCAAACAAUUUUAAAUGUUUUCUUUCUGCUAAAGCUGAUUGUUUAUUCUGAAGUCGAGCACACACAACAAUAUUUGUUUUCAAAAAAACGAGAUUUCGUUAUCUUGAAAUUUUUGUUGGUGUGUGGAUAACCACAGCAAAAGUUUCUAAUCGACCAUGUUUCGGUGCCAGGGUCUUCAAAGUGAACAACAAGCAACUAUCCUAUCAGCUGAGUCCAGGAUCCUGCUUUCGACACCAAAUAAUGUUCGUAUGCAGUGGGCUUUAGGAACUUGUAAAAAUUCUCAAGGGUCUACUCAAUAAUUUAAAAGGAAAUAAGACUUGUGGCUUGUUGCCCCAGGAAGCUUUACCCACAAAUACUUCUGACACACAGUGUUCUUAAUCUCAUUCAAGUCAGAUCUAGAAGCCGCUCCCCUUGCUGACUUGUCAUAGAUUCACACGUACAGUCCACUCUUGGUUUGGUGGAAUUCUUGCUCCCAUCAUACAGGACGUUCAAGCUUGAAAAAUAGAAGACAAACAUUUUUCAACACCCCUACGGAUGAAAUGGAAAGAUCCGUAAUCUCUAUGCUCAUGAAAAUUUGACCACUUGGUUAUUUGACUCAAGUAUCCUUUGUUAAAUUUAUAUUAUCUAACAGUACAACAAACAUGUAGGUCUUACCAUUUUCUCCAAAAGGGGUGUUUUCAAAGCUGUCAAAUGCCCAUUUUCAGGCUCUACAGUGAAGUUAGUUGUUCAUUUCUCCCUGUAUUACAACAGGGAGUCUGCCUGAUGCUAUGGUUUGACUUCUUUGAUGUCAUACUUAAAAAAAUCACUAAUGUGCAUAUUC